GCUAAAACCCCCCAUCUGCUUGAUUAAAGUUAAACGUCGCUGCCCAAAACCCUUGGGGCGUCUCGUGCUCUAAACCAACAAGAGAGGAGCCAUGGGCUUCUUCGACCUCAACAUACCCUACUUGGAAUCCUUGGCGUCUGAUAAGAGCACUCGCAUAAAGCUCGUUACAUUGGCUAUGGAGCUCGGCUACUCUGGAAUCGCCUAUAACCGCACGAUCAAGGGCGUCAUGUCCGAUCGAGACCGUUGCUCCAUCCCUCUCCUCACCCUCUCCUCUCUUCUGAAGCUCUCACCGUCUCUCUCCUCCUCUGUGUAUUUCCACCGUGACCUUCUUGGUGUUCCUCUCGAUUCCCCUUUCCGACAGUACCGUCGCCUCACUGUCUGCGUUGAUAAUCUCUCCCAGGCUCAGGCCCUCAAUUCCGGCAACCAUAUUUUGAAGACCUACGAUUUUGUCGCAGUCAAGCCCAUGAACCAGAGCGUUUUCGACAAGGCUUGUGAGAAAUUGGAGGUAGAUAUAAUUGCGAUCGACUUCUCUGAGAAGCUCCCUUUUCGUUUGAAGAUCCCCAUGGUUAAAGCUGCUAUUGAGCGUGGAGUGUAUUUUGAAAUCACGUACUCCAAUCUCACCGCUGAUAUUCAAACGAGGAGGCAAAUGAUAUCCAAUGCUAAGUUAUUGGUAGAUUGGACUCGGGGGAAGAAUCUAAUUAUCUCUAGUGCUGCUCCUACCGUUUUUGAACUAAGAGGACCAUAUGAUAUUGCUAACUUAUCUUCUUUGCUUGGGCUAUCCAUGGAACGAGCUAAAGCAGCUAUGUCCAAAAAUUGCAGGUGUCUUAUAACUAAAGCUUUGAGAAAAAGACAAUUUUAUAAAGAGGCCAUCAAAGUGGAAAUGGUCUCCUCAGGAGAACAAGUUGGCUUGGACAAACCUUUGUCAAGUGACUGGUUGAAAUGGGAUCCCAUCUCUAGUGGUGAGGGUGACUUGAUGCUAGAUGAUAUUGCAAAAUCUUUUGCUGCUUGCGAUGAAGUAUCCAAAGCUGUGAAGGCCAUUGAUUUUACUUCAGUUGUUGAUAGCUUGCCAUCACAUGGUUUUCAAGUCAAGGAUUUGAUGUCUGGAGCUAACAUUGGUUCCCAGUCACAAGAUAGUACAAGUACUGUUAUUUCUAGUGCCAAGGUAAUUGAACUACCAAUUCUGGUUGAUGGAAAUCUAGAACAGUCUGAUAGGCCUGACCUUCCUGUAGCAGGUCAAACUUCAUUAAAUGAUACUCCAUUUGAAAAUCAGACUUCUGGAAAUCAAAUUUGUCAAAAGCUAUUUUUCCCUUCUGAUACUACUAAAGCUUUCACAGAUGCUGCGCAAAUCAGAUCGCCUUCUGCAACCACUGAGGCAGAACUAAGUAUGCCUAGUAAAUCAGAUAUGAAUGUCGACUUGAUUAAAGCAAAAAUUGAUGAUUUGCAAUCACAAAAUGGUAUGGAUUUUUGUGAGUUACGUGAUGAAUUAUCAAGCGAGAAUAUUACAAACAUGUCAGGUAUUGAAUUAGGUGCUGCUUGUGAUACUGAUUCUAAAGUAGAGAGUCCCACUCCCAUUAUGUGUGGAGAUGUUCCUGCUGAUUAUGAGGACAGAACUCUACAAAGUUCUGAGGCAGUAUUAGGAAGAGCAGGAGAUCCAGUAGAUAAAUUUUACCCCGCUGUAGUUACAGAAAUUCUGAAAGAUAUUGUUCAUGAUGAGGACGGGAAUUUACAAAGUUCUGAGAUAGUAUUAGGAAGUAAAGGUGAUCCAGUAGAUAAAGAUGUCGGCAAGGUAGUUACAAAAAAUUUGAAAGGUACUUCUUUGGUGUUGGAUGAUCUGUCAUUGCAUGAAAAUUUUACAGAAACAGAACAACUUGAGAAACCUAGAGUUGAUCCAGUUAAACUUCUGGGCCAGGUUCCUAUUCUGGAGCCUAAUAAUGUGAUAAGAGUUGGAGAUAAUGCUUCUGAUGGAAAUAGUGAGCCACCGGAGGUGACAAUGGAAGAGCAAAAGCAGGAAAAAGCUGAUUAUGAAUUUAAUCAUCAAACUCCAGCUCAAUCCGUACCAGGGAAAUCCAAAGCCAAAAGGAGGAUUCAUCAUCAAGCGUUUUUACUUCCUCUAAAGCGCAUGCUGAGUCCUAUACCUUUUAAGAAGAAGGCCCACAAAAGUAGAAGGAAAGCAAGUUGAUUGUCUAACCGUGCAUGUUUUGACAUUUGUAAACUGUUUGAUGCAUCUUUUAUUUGUUCAUUUUAUUUAUUUAUUUAUUUAUCUAUCUCAGUAGCAUUGUUGGUUUUCAUUCAUUUUUAAAGUUCGAUAAAAUUUUGUCAACCCACACUUGUAAUAUAUUUUUGAAAACUUUGAAAAUGAUUUCAAUUAUAGCAAAGGUGCAUUCAAAUAUUGUAGUGUUAGAAAGUUUGUAAUAUGGAAAGAAUUUAAAGUCGGUCCA